AUUAUCCUGAAAAUGUUCAGCUAUUCAUUUCAAAUGAUGACAUAAUUUCGCAUCUUCAUAUGUAUUAUGUUAGCAUUAAUCACACGACAGAAAAUAUUGUCUACAAUCAGACAACUCUACCAAAAUAUUAUGGGUUGAUAUUGAUGGGAUGUCGUCUUUCACCCGAAUAUCAUCAAAAAUGGAUGGAGGCACAGAAUUUCUUUUGGGCCCUUAGCAGCAUGAUUUUUGGAGAUUUUUAUGAUGAUCACAAAACAGAGGAAUUGUUAAUGCUAUUAAAAAUUAGCGCUGAUGCAUCUCCAACCUUUAGAAUGAAAGCUUGGGAUUCAAUAAUAACUUCUUUAGCCAAUUCUGCACCCCUGACGCGCAAAGUACAUUUUAUGCUAAGAUUAUAUCAAUAUCUCAACCGCGAUUCAAUAGAAGAUGUACAUUCAUUUUGCAAAAAUAAGAAUUCAGAAGAUGGGGCUCUGCGUAAAUGUCUGGAAAUAUUGCAUAACUAUCUGAAUAUUUCUUAUUCGUAUCAAACUGAUGAAGUAAUUUACGCUUACUUGAAAUCAUGGAAAACUCGACAAGAAUUUGUAUCUAUUCUUUUAUUGUUUUUGCAUCCGAAUGUUGACCAAGAAUUUUAUACAAGAGCAUCAGAAAUCCUUUGUUUAUUACUCAAGAUGAAGCCUACAAAGGAUAUCGCACAUACAAUACUACAACGGCUUAUUGAUAGUCAUUCGAAAUGGCAACGAGGGACUGUCACUAGUGAAGAUUUACUCAUGAAAUUCGGCGGAAAUCGCUCGAUUUUCCAUCAAUACAAGUUAAUCGAUGACGAAUUCGAUAAUUAUAGUGUUAUGAAUUUAUUGCAAGGGCCUUCGAUCCACGUUUUCAAACCUUAUAUGCAAAAAUUGAAGAGAGAACAGGUAUUACAACUGCAGGAAGUUUUAUAUAACCCAUAUUUAAAGUUCGUGGAACAGGUUAUUGUAACUGGCAUUGAAUUCGAGCAAUAUGAUAGAGUGGUUCAACUUUGCUCAUUAGUAAUCCUUGAAAUGAUGGACAUUGACAUCGAAAAUAUAUUUAAUAUAAUAUUGGGGUUGUAUGAAAAAUUAUCUACAAAUGGUCAAGUUGCGAAUAUAUAUGGACAUGUUUACUUUACAACAUUAAUUGAACGCCUUUUAAAUUCGAAUCCGCAUAUAUUAACUAAGCAUAUUUCAGAGAAAUUGAACGUGCUCAGAUCAUUGAUUAAUAUUGUCAAAUUAAACAAGCCUGAGUUUAUGCAACCAAUUGUUUCAAAACAUAUUCAGCAACUAGCCACUAAUGUUAAAACGCUCAAAGAGAAGCUUGAAUUUAACGACUUGGCUUCAAUUAGCAUGAUCAUCCAAGAGUUAAUUCAGAUUUUACAAGUUCUGGUAAUCACAAUAUCGAAAAAUGAUCUUCCGACAGAUGAUCCGCUUACUCAAGUUUAUUUAGACAGCUUGAAGGAUAUAUCUACAGAUAAAUUAAAAAUUUUUCUUGGGCAGUUUGAAGGAUUAGAAAAUGAUGUAAUUAAGAUGGAUUCGCUUCUUAAUGAAUUGACAACUCAACAAGAUGCUAUGAUGGGAAAUGGUGGUGAAAUGACACUUCAUGAACUUAAUAAGGAUGAUAGUAAUGUUAUUGGGA